UCGACCUCAGUUGCAGCUUCUUCCUUUGAUCGUUAUUUCAUCCAUCCAUUAUUUCCACUCAUCGACGCAUGCUCUCGCGUCUCUUCGGACGACUCUGCAUCCACGCCACGACUACGACCAGAAGCAGAGCAUCCGCACUCUCCCUGUCUCCUCAUCGUCACGCCACCUACACUACGUUGACUUCGCGCAUCGCAGCAAUGCCAUCCGUCGUUGAAGCUCGCCGCUCGUCGAGGCGCAGCAUAAGCAACGCUACCGCAAAGACAGCAGCCGCCCUGGCCGAUGUUUCUGACAGCGACGACAUGUCUGCCACACCACCUCCAGCCCCAAAGAGGAAGAGGGGAAGGCCGUCGGCGGCGGCGGCGGCAGCAGCAGCAGCAGCAGCAUCUAAGGCUGCACCAUCAAUCCAGUCCUCUCCCGGCACGCCAGAUACUCAGCAUACAUACGAAGGCAACACCGACGGAGAUGCGUCCGCCUCCUUUUCCCCCACAUCAUCCGCACUCUCCUCACCCGAGCCAGAGGUAUCCAGCUCCUCACCUCGAACGGCAGGCAAAUCCAAAUCCAAGUCCAAAUCCACGCCUACCAAGUCGAACGCAAUCGUAGCCGACGAGCCCGAGCUUGAUUCAGAUGGCGAACCUGUCAGACGAGCGAAAAACGGCCGCAAGCUUCCCAAGAAAAAGGCCAAGAAGGAAAAGGUGUACAUCAUCCCAGAGGUGGCCGAGUAUCGCGAUUUUUCCAAAGAGUACCGACCAGAGGACAUUGUGGCGCAGCAGCAGCGUAGCGCCGGAUUUAGAGGCAGGUUGGGUUACGCUUGCUUGAACACGGUUCUGCGCACACAAGACCCGCCCAUCUUUUCCUCCCGAACGGCAAGGCUCAAGACCAUCGACGAGAAGGGACUCGACUUCGUCAAGGACCUCGCGCGUCAGAAUACCCGAGACAUCAUUCCCAUGCUGCGCUGGAAUGCUGAGCACGGCAUCCGCUUCAUGCGCUUGUCGAGUGAGAUUUUUCCCUUUGCCGGGCAUGCAACUCAUGGCUACUCGCCGGACUGCGCUAGAGAGGAGCUCGCUGAAGCGGGCCGAGUUGCGAGAGAGCUCAAUCACCGCUUAACGAUGCAUCCUGGCCAAUUUGUGCAACUGGGCUCGCCCAAUGAAAACGUGGUCACAGCGUCCAUCCGCGAUCUCGAGGUGCACGCCGCCGUGCUCGACUUGAUGGGCAUGGACCAGGAUAGCGUCAUGAUCAUUCACGGCGGAGGUGUGUACGGGGAUCGCGCUGCCACUCUCGAGAGGAUGCGCACCAAUAUCCGCGACAAGCUCCCCGAAUUUGUGCGUCGACGCCUCGUACUAGAGAACGACGAAAUUAUGUGGGCCGCAGAGGAGCUCCUGCCCGUCUGCGAAGAAUUCGACAUCCCCAUGGUCUUCGACUUCCACCACGAUAUGCUCCGCCCCUCCGCCAAGUCUCCGCGCGAACUCAUGCCUCAACUCCUCGCCCUGUUUCAGCGCAGAGGCAUCAAGCCGAAAUUUCACCUGUCGCAUCCAAGGCCAGGCUCGCGCAACUUGAGGGAAAGGAGGGCGCAUGCUGAUCGUUGCAUGUCUCUACCGCUCGAUUUGCCGGCGGAUGCGGAUCUGAUGAUUGAGGCCAAGGACAAAGAGCAAGCCGUCUUUGAGCUCUUCCGCGUCUACAAGUUGUUUGACGUACCCCACAAGGCGCUUCGCCCACCUGCAGACGACAUCAGCGCUGCUACUUCUGGACGUCGCCGCGUGCUCAAUGGCUCGGGUGGGACUGUGGCAGAGGAUGGUGGCGAGGAACCUGCCAAGCUGACAGCGCAGGAGAAGGAGUCAGAGCAAGUCCGCAAGAGCAUCGAGCAUGCCAAGAAGAUCGCGGCGAAACAUGGUCGCAAGUGGGAAGGGCCCGAGUGGAUCGACCCCAAUGAGCGCACGGGGAGCGUAUUGAGCACAGCGCAGACUAUCGAAAUAAUGGAGAGAGAGGCGGCAGAGAUCCGGGAGGAGCUGGGACGCAGGAGUGGCAGGUCGAUGAGUGAAAUCAGGGAAGAGGUAGAGGAUCGAGUCGAGGGGAAGGAUCGACCUGGCCGUGUCAAGAGGGGAGCGGCUGCUGCGGCCGAGAAGGCUGCGAUGAAGGAGGAAGAAGAGGGAGGAGAUGACGAGGACGAGCGGCCUGACGCUACGGAGAGGGAGGUGCCCGGCGAGGAGGAGGGGGUGCCGUACACACCCAAGACUCCUCCGCCGAAGAAGCGUGCAGCGCCCAAGAAAGGUGGGAGGGGCAAGCAGAGCAACGGCGGCGAGGUCGUGGAGAAGGAUCAUGCGGAAAACCCAAAGCUGAAGGUGCCCAUCAUCGCGCCUUCGAGCGCAGAGAACGUCGAGCGGGUCCUAUCGUAACCUGUCAUCAUCGAGUAACCUGCCACACUGUAGCACAAUGUCGCCUCUUCUUGUCUUAUGUACGAUCAAUCGGUAUUCACAUAAUAACGAGCAAUGCAAGACCAACGGCUUUCGCUGCAUCG